GCGCGUGCGCAGUGUGAGCACUCGGGGUGUUGCUGCCGCCGCUGUCAGUUCCGGCUGUUUGUUCGGGAAGUGGAUCCGGCCCGGAGCCGCUGCCGCCGUCUGAGGAGACCCCACCUCUCCCGCCGCCCGGAGCUUCCGCUCCCCACCGGCCAUGGCUAGAGACUACGAUCACCUCUUCAAGCUGCUCAUCAUCGGCGACAGCGGUGUUGGCAAAAGCAGUUUGCUGUUACGCUUCGCAGAUAACACUUUCUCAGGCAGCUACAUUACCACAAUUGGAGUGGAUUUUAAAAUCCGGACAGUUGAGAUUAAUGGAGAGAAGGUGAAGCUACAGAUAUGGGACACAGCUGGACAAGAGCGUUUCCGGACUAUCACAUCGACGUAUUACAGAGGGACGCAUGGAGUCAUUGUUGUCUAUGAUGUCACCAGUGCAGAAUCCUUUGUGAAUGUAAAGCGGUGGUUACAUGAAAUUAACCAAAACUGCGAUGAUGUCUGCCGGAUACUGGUGGGAAAUAAGAAUGAUGACCCAGAGCGGAAAGUGGUGGAGACGGAAGAUGCCUAUAAAUUUGCCGGGCAGAUGGGGAUCCAACUGUUUGAGACCAGCGCCAAAGAAAACAUUAAUGUGGAAGAGAUGUUUAAUUGCAUUACAGAGCUGGUUCUGCGAGCAAAGAAAGAAAACUUAGCAAAGCAGCAACAGCAACAACAGAAUGACGUGGUGAAGCUAACUAAGAACAGUAAAAGGAAGAAGCGGUGCUGCUAAUGCCAUUUCCCUAUUGCAGAGACUCUGCUCUGACAGAUCAGCCCCUCCUAGACUUGGGCUACUUCACUGGGGCAGGCUUUGGGAGGACUUUCUCAGUUUUGUGCCGUUAUUUAAAGAUUUUCUCCAUGUUUUCUAUCAAGAGGCGCUGGCACCUUACCAUGUUAGUGCCAAGAAAGUAUCGGAUGGACUCUUGCCCCUUCUCUCCUCCCCUGCUCAUUCCAGUGCGCCUUGUAGACAAGAAAGGACGUUGCCUACCAAGUGGACUGAUUAACCCAAGCGUUUGUACAUAAUGUAUAUUGCUUUAACCAUCCGCACCUCCCUCUUGUCACUUUGGCUUAUGCCUUCUUAAUGUCAACCAAUCAUGAACUGCAGUUAUCUUUUUAAAGAUAGAAUACAAAGUUCUUAACUCGAGUAGGCUCCAGGCUGGCAGCGACUGCUGCUGGGGCCUUGGGCUUCAUUUUGUUUGGGCUCCAGGCUGGCAACUGGUGCCCCUGGGGUCUUUGGCUUCACUUUGAGUUCCAGACUGUUACUGGGGCUUCAGCUUCAUUUUUCUAGGUUCCAGGGUUGCUGCUGGAGCCUGGGGUUUCACUUUACCAGCCCUGGGCUAGUGGCUGGUGCUGGGUUUCACUUUGCCAUGCUCCAGGUUUGUGGCCAGGGCCUUGGGUUUGCCAUUUGCUGUGUGGUGCAGCCCAGCUGUACCUGUGCUCUUUCGUUUGUAUCGAGAUAUUUAAAAACAAACCUGCAAAAAAUGGGAUUUAUUUGGAUUUAAACUUUUAAAAAAAACAAAAUGAAACUAAACUCCUGUGACUUCCGCUUCUGGGUCUGCUGAUUGUUCCAGGCGAGGGUCCAGACACUUCUUGAGAGCAACAAAACAGUGUGAAUCUGCCAAAAAAAGCUCCUCAUGUUGCCCUGUCCACAAGUAGAUCUGAAUUCAGAUGUGAAUGCUGGUGGCAAAGCAUUGCUUUCGAGAGAGAUGGAACACGUGGAAGUGAAUCCAGCUCUUUUGGUUGGUGUCUGGAUCCAACAGUUGCUGCAGGAUCAUUCCCAGGACUCUCCUGUCAGAGAGGAGGACUGCUCUCUCUAAUGUAAAGAAAUGGAAAGCUAUUGCUUGCAUUAUGUGGUGAUGGUUGUGGGUAGGGGUUAUCUUUGGUAACGUACUCUGGUCUCACUAUGCUGAACAAACAGCAUUCCCCUGGCCUUCAUUGGCUUUUGUGGGAAAAUAAGGGCUCAGUUCAUCAGUCCCUGAAUAGAUAUGCUCAGAGACUGAGACUGUCGUAGCAGGAGCAGGAUGUCUUUGGGCUGCUGAGUAACGUGUUCGUCAACUGAUUCGCUAAGUAAAAAAGAAAUUCUCUUGAAAUACUGACUGGAAAGGGGUGGGGGUUUUGGCUUCUGGCUUCAUACUUGACCCUGAAGAUGACACAGCACUUGGGUGUCAGCACAUGGUCCUCCGGAAUCACUGGCCUUAGGUUUGGUAGGGCAUGUCCCACUGACAUCCGUGAGCUUGGAAUCAUUCCAAUCACACCCAGGAAAGGCUAAAUUGAAAUCACAUAUUUAUUUUGCCGGCCUUUUUAGAUUCUUAUGGUUUGUGGUAAAAGCCCUGAUCAUACAAUCACAUCACAGAUCAGUCUGACUUUAAAGAUUUUUUUUUUUCAUGCAAACCAUGAAUGUGUGACAGGUUUUUAACCAGUGCAAGUGUUGGGAGUGUAUAGCAGCUGCCUUUUCCCAUCCCCCAUCUCUCUUCUGCACAUAUCUGUCCAUGUUUCAAUGGUAACCCAAGAGUAAAAAUGAGCUGGGGAUAGUGGGGUGAUACUGCUAGAGUGAGCACUGCAUGAAUGCCAAGACGUGCAUUGGUUGCUUCUGCAGGUGGCAGCAGAAAUUACACCAGGCAUCCACCAGAUGUGCUUCCAAUGUGGAAUAUAGCAUAUGUACCAGGAAGGAGCUCUGUCAACCUCUAUCCUUCCUAUUGAAAUGGAGCUGGCUUGUGCCACAGUUCCUGCUCUGUGGGCUCGACUUGAAUUACAUUGAUGGGGCUCGUGUGCUGAAGAGUUUGUAGAUCUAGGUAGGGGUAUAGGCAAAAGUAAAGGGGAAAACUGAAUUUGUUGGAACUGAUGCAAUAAAGUGAGGAAAUGGUGCACCUGAUCUGGAGUGCUUUGAUGUGGAAAGGUUAGUUCUCAGUGAGUCCAGGUAUUUGUGGCCACAGGUGUGAGCUUUGCCAAUCCAGCAGUCCAAUUUCCUGGCUUGAAGUGGGAUGUUGUUUUUUUAGUGCUGCCUCUACUGGCCGUAGAGGAGCAGCUGUCUACCUGCUGCUGCCACUAAAAGUAUUAAACUGAAAGAGGGUGGGGGAUGGGGACUGCGUCUCUAGUGGUGCUGAUGUGAAGUUUCCUAAUGUUAAGCGAUGGGAUGUCUAACUGGUUUGCUAGGAUUAUUUCUGUAUUGACAGUUUCUAAUUAUGCUUUUUAAAUAAUUUUAAAAAACUAAAAAUAAAGGUUACAAGCUGCCAAAUC